AAGCACUCUUCCGCAAAUCAAAAUAGUCACAUCUUGACGACCUCGUUUCUUUUGUCCUUGGGAGCGGAUCGUACAAGAUGCCGGACCGCUAGAGACCGUAAUCUCGCACCUUUCGUUCUCGAUGCGUCCGUCCGCUCGUAGGAAACCGUCCCUGUGGGCUCUCGGAUUGCUGGUAGCCGGCUCGAUUCAGAACGUCGAAGCUGUAGGGAAGAAGGAGCAGCGUAGGCUACAAGAGGAGACUAGAGCGCUGUGGAAUCAUGGAUACACGAACUACAUGGCUUUCGCUUAUCCCGAAGAUGAGCUCAAACCUCUCUCUUGUCGAGGUCAAGGUCGGGAUCAUGCCAAUCCAGGGAAUUAUGGAAGAAACGAUGUCAACGGAGACUACUCCCUUACGUUUCUGGACCUCCUGUCCACCAUGCCACUCAUACGGGGAGAAGCCGAAUUCGAAAAGGCCAUCGACCGGGUCCUGAGCGAUAUCAAGAACUUUGACCGAGACGUCAAGGUACAGGUCUUUGAGGUCACGAUCAGGAUACUCGGAUCGCUGUUGUCCAGCUACCAGCAGCUCGUUGAGAUCGAAGAACGGCGAUAUCUCGCUCGACGGUCGUCGUCAUCGCUGAACGGAUGGAGAACGCCGUUACGUGUGCAGACCUCCGAGUUCUUGUCUUCCGUCAUCGAUGGAUCACUCUUUUCGAGAAAGGCUCUAUCCGCUGAGGAGGAUGGUCGGAGUCCACAAGUCGAGUCGGACCAUCACCAGAUACCCAGGCGGCUGGCUUUAGCGGAAUACGAACCCUCGAAUCGGGCUCAAAGACUCUUGGCGUUGGCCAAAGAUCUAGGCGAUCGCCUGCUACCGGCUUUCGAUUCACCGACGGGCCUGCCCUUUGCUCGGAUCAACCUUCGUACAGGACUCGAUCGAGAUGAAACCGAAGAGACCUGCGCGGCGGCUACAGGAUCUCUCACUUUGGAAUUCACCGUGCUGAGCCGAUUGACGGGGAAUCCGGUUUACGAGCGCGUAGCCAGGGAGAGCUUCAUGAAUACCUGGUCGAGGAGGGCCCCUACGACUGGUCUGCUGGGAAACUCUAUCGGCGUCAGGCAUGGACACUGGAUGAUGCCGGGCGCCAGCGGCAUUGGUGCUGGAAUCGACAGCUUCUACGAAUAUGCACUCAAAGGUGCAAUCUUGUUUGACGACGAUGCCUACAUGGGCGUAUGGGAUGAUUCCUAUCGUUCUGUGAUGCAGCACGUUCGGUCUCCGGACUUACACCUGUUCAGAAACGUGUACAUGGCGAACGGGCGACCAGUAGGCGCCUUACUCGAUUCGCUAUCUGCGUUCUGGCCUGGUCUCCAAGUGGUUGCCGGGGACGUUGAAAAUGCCAUCAAGAGUCAUCUCCUGUAUUGGCAUUUGUGGCAAAAGCACUCGUCGUUGCCAGAAGGCUUCGACUAUGUCAAUAAGACGGUACUCUGGAGUGGAUAUCCUCUCAGACCGGAGUUCAUAGAAAGCACCUACUGGCUGUACCGAGCGACAAAGGAUUCUUUUUACCUCGAGGUCGGGAAGAGGAUUCUGAAAGACCUGACGAAGCGCACGAAAGUCAGAUGCGGAUUCGCCGUGUUGCAUAAUCUUCAUACCGGAGCCAAAGAAGAUCGGAUGGAGUCGUUCAUGUUAAGCGAGACCCUCAAAUACCUCUACCUCUUGUUCGAUGAGAAGAAUCCGAUCAAUACUGGGUUGAAGGGAACCGUCUUCACGACCGAAGGUCACAUACUGAAGCUGCCUCGGGCUUCUCGCGCUCAGGUUGCUCAGAAUGAGUUAGCCGGACGACAAUACGAGUUUGCCGGAUCUAGUGCUACGUGCGAUGUUCCAGCGACAGCCACCCUUGGUGGCUUGAGAGUCGGCAUCAAGUCGAGAGAGGACUAUGAUUAUGCUCGGACUUUGGUCGAUAUGCCGCUGAUGGAGAAGGAUUACUGGGAUCUUUGGGGAUUUUGUCGGGUGCCACAACCAGGCUUUCACCACUUUGAAAUUGUUCUGACCGCAAACAACGAAAGCGCCCCAGCAACACCGAAGACCAUAUCAGACAAGGAAGCGGCGCAAUCGAGAUGGGACGCGCAGAUAACGCGGUUCUCUGGGGAUCUCGUCGUCAGCGACGCUAAAGACAUCCGCGCUCUGCUCACCCGGACUUCGGACGGUGCAGCGUUCGAGGUGACAAGUGUGGGAAAUCACCGCGUUCAUCCGGGACAGUAUGUGUACAUUCAAGAUCCACUCGUUUUCGCUUCGACAGCUCAGGAGGACGAGAAUCCGAAUACGGCUUCCGGAUGGGAAGGUGGAGCUGGCGGACAGGAUCGGUUCGCGGAGAUUGGCGUGCGCCUAUCUUCUCGCCCGAUCGGCCGCGAGGUCGCCGAGGAAGAAGCUCAUGUCAUUUGGGAAGGUCUAGGAGCGACCGCGACAUUCGGGCGACAGAUUGUGGAGGAGCCGGCCUCAAAAGGCGAAUCGCAGAGCAGCUUGCUAGGGGUCUCGUUGGAACCGCUCCCUUUGGCUGCUCCUCGACGCCAUCAUCUGGGCUGCACGUCUGAUGCUUACAGUGGACAGGCAGCGCCGUUCGUAGCGUUUCCUCAGCGAGGGGUCUGCACGUUUCGAGAGAAGAUGGUUGCGGCGCGUCAAGCUGGAGCGACGGGGGUGGUCGUAUGGGGUAAUGACGAAGAUGCGCUCCUGAUCAGGCCUGCGGACGAUCUCGCCUACGAAUCAGUCUAUCCGAACUCGGACUUGGGAGACGCAGAGGACGAGAUCGCCAUGCUCUACGUACCGAAGCAGGCGGGUCUCGAGGUGGCUGCAGCAGAGUCUCGCGGAGAGGCCGUAUAUGUGGAGGUAACGGCGUACCCGGGAGAACUUCAGGACGUGGAGACGGCGAUAUCGGACGCUCUCGCGGGGGUGGGCGGGACAGUGAAGAGUAUCAUAGGCGAUAACGAGGCCGAUUGGCAGGACGUGAUGUCUGCCCUCUCGGACAUCUUUGGCGAAGCUGGUAUUCGCCUGGAUCAAGAGGGAGGCGGCGAAGGUGAUCUGAUAGGCAGAGAAUUGCCUGUAGAAGCGACAAGACAGCUCGAAGGCAGAGAAUCGAGAGGAGUAGCUGAUCCACAGGAACCUCGACUCGGCGACGAACAAGAUGCAGGGACGAGCCUCGGGUCGAGGAGAAGGAAACGAGUGCACGAACGCGACAGGUCCAGGCGGGAUCAGGAACCGCCGCCACUUAUGAUUGCAGGACUGCCGAUAAGGAACAUGGUCUUGCAACAAGCCCCGUCAGGCUGAUACACGCGGCCAGGUCAUUGUACUUUGUAAUUACCCACUAUCAUAGAAUAAUUAUCUCUUGUUA